AUGGAUGGAAAUAUAAAAAUUAUUCAUUUCGAAGUUAAGGAGCAUUACGUUGUAUUGCUCGAUUGCUUAUUCAAGCACUUUAAAAAUACAAAGAACCUUGAGUUUGAUUCAGAUUGCACAAAUGCGCCUAAUGAAUAUUUUGAAGAUUUAGGUCUAUUUUCAUGUGUCGGAAUAGCUAUUAUGGGCGAUUCGACGCUAAAUACCUUUUAUAUUCUUGAUGGGUUUAGUUGGCGCCUUAUGAAAAAGAUUAAACGAGACAUUUCAAAGUUCAGAAUUAAAUAUCUACACAAGGCUCAAACUGUUCAAAUGAUUGCCCUGUUACCCAAUCUAAAUACCUUGUACAUCUACGAGUUGGGAGAUUUGUUAGAGAGAAUCUUGGUUUUGGUCCGAAGCUUAAAUAAAAAAAGUUAUAUUUGUGUGGUUUCAUUUCCCCACUGA